AUGCUGAAGAUGGGGCUGAUGAUGAUGAUGCUGAAUGGUACCGCAUCCUUACUGUGUUUACUCCAGUGCGUGGUCGUCUUUUUCCCGGCGUGCUCUCACUCGCACCCACAGCCGUGCCAGGUUUUAAAGCGCAUCGGGCACACGGUUCGGGUGGGAGUUCUGCACGUGCAUCCUCGCUUCCUCCCCGACGCCGGCAGCCCCGCGGGGGGUCCACCGGAGACCAGAGAUGGGCGAGCGCAGGUGGACAAAAGUGCCGGAAGCCUCCGGAGUAGAAGUUCUGCUCCCAGCCAGCGGGGUGGAAGUAGGGGGAAAAUUCACGCACGGCAGCGGGAAGAGAAGGCGUCGUGGGAUGGUCGAACAUUCGCCCCCAGAGAGUCGGCGCUCCUCGCGGUAGAGGCUGUGAACCGAGCCGGGAUUCUUCCCUUCAAUUUGUCCCUGGAGCUCGUCGUGGCGGUCGGCUCGGGACUCGGCGAGCUGCCCGCCUUCUCCUUCUCCUCCCCGGGCAGCCCCGAGGACGAGGACCCGCUGUCCUUUGUGGAGAGCGUGUGUCACACGGUGGUCGUGCAGGGGGUCUCCGCCAUGGUGGCAUUCCCACGAAACCGUGACGAGUUUGUCAAGUUGGAAUUUGUAUCUCAAGCUCUUCGGGUGCCGGUGGUCAGCAUUCUUCCGAGAGAGUUUAAGCGCCAAAGUGAGAAUCCUGUUCAUUUCCAAAUGGCCAUGCGGACAGUGGAAGCCCCAGCACCCCAUCUCCUCUACUCCCUUUUGAUGAUGAAUGGCUGGUGGGACAUAAGUGUGUUGCUCUGCCAGAAAUGGGACAUAAGUGAAUUUAUUUUCCUCAUCAAAAAUAACACCCGUUUCCACCUGGGCACUCUUGUCAACCUGACAGCUUCAACCUCCGCACUGCCUUCAUCUUCUUUACCAAACUCAGGAGGCACAUUAAGUGUUUCGACAGGAGCAGGGCUGCCAUCAUCAACAUUUUCCCACCAUUUGUCUUCAUCUCCUUCGGCCUCCUCCGCCAAAACGGACCAUCAGCAAGCUCUCAUGCAGCAGUUGGAGGCCCUGAGAGAGCCUUCAUCCACAGUUGGAGUGGUGACAUUCGGGUGCGAGAUUCGCGAGGUGCGUCGCCUGUGGGCGAUGGUUACGAGGAUGACGCUUCCAGAAUUCCACUGGAUCUUGGGGGAUGGCCAGAAUGUGGCUGAGUUGAGAACAGAGGGAUUACCCCUUGGACUAUUGGCUCACGGGGUCAUGGCAUCCCCCUCUCUGGAUCAAUAUGUCCAAGACGCAUUGGAGCUGGUGACACGGGCGAUUGGAAGUGCAGCCCAAGAGAAUCCUGCCCUGGCGCUCAUUCCUGGAACUACAAAUUGUAUGGAUGUACAGCAGAGCAACGCAAGCUCAGGGGAAUACUUGACAAGAUUUAUUUCCAACACAUCCUUUGAGGGCCAGAGCGGCUUUAUAUCCAGAGAACGUCAGAGCCAAAAUGUCAUCUCGGAGGCCCAUCAAUACAUCUGGUCCCUCCAGCUAGACCCUCUGGGCCAGCCAACCUGGACCAGACUAGGACGAUGGCGGAGGGGGAAAGUUCUUAUGGAUCACGGGGCCUGGACGAGCCGCCAGGCCUCUGGAGGGGGAGGCGACUGGCGCAGACCCACGAGGCUGCAUUUACGGGUGGUGACGCUGGUGGAGCACCCGUUUGUAUUCACCCGGGAUGUGGAUGGAGAUGGGCUGUGUCCUGCUGGCCAGUUGUGCCUCAACCCACUCACCAAUGACUCAUCGGUUUUACAGAGUUUUUUCCAAAAUCUUGCAGGACCAAAUGGAUCUGUCCCCACAGACUCUAAGAAAUGCUGCUAUGGUUACUGUAUUGACUUGCUGGAGAAGCUGGCAGAGGAUAUGGGAUUCACCUUUGACCUCUACAUUGUUGGAGAUGGGAAGUAUGGAGGCUUUAAGAAUGGUCGCUGGACGGGAUUGGUGGGUGACCUCCUUAGUGGUGCUGCUCACCUAGCUGUGACGUCUUUUAGCAUUAAUUCAGCAAGAAGCCAAGUCAUUGAUUUCACCUCACCCUUCUUCUCCACCAGCCUGGGAAUUCUGGUUCGCACCCGUGACACCGCAGCACCUAUUGGGGCCUUCAUGUGGCCUCUCCACUGGUCAAUGUGGCUUGGCAUCUUUGUCUCUCUCCACGUUACCGCAAUCUUCCUCACCCUGUAUGAAUGGCACAGCCCGUUUGGUAUGACGCCACGCGGACGCAACCGAGACCGGGUCUUCUCCUUCUCCUCAGCUCUGAACGUGUGCUACGCUAUUCUUUUUGGGAGAACCGUAGCCAUCAAGCCUCCAAAGUGCUGGACGGGCCGUCUGCUGAUGAACCUUUGGGCCAUUUUUUGUCUCUUCUGCCUGUCCACCUACACGGCUAAUCUGGCGGCAGUCAUGGUUGGUGAGAAGACCUAUGAGCAGCUGUCAGGGAUCCAUGACCCGAAGUUGCACCAUCCCUCUCAGGGAUUCCGAUUCGCCACAGUGAGAGAAAGCAGCGCUGAGGAUUACGUCAAAAAGAGUUUUCCCGAGAUGCACGAGUACAUGCGGCGAUACAACGUCCCAGCAACACCGGAUGGCAUACACAAUCUCAAGGCCGAUCCCCAGAAACUUGAUGCGUUCAUCAUGGAUAAAGCUCUGCUGGACUAUGAGGUCUCAAUUGAUGCAGACUGCAAGACACUGACUGUUGGCAAACCAUUUGCUAUAGAAGGAUACGGGAUUGGGCUCCCUCAGAACUCUCCCCUCACCUCCAACCUCUCCGAGCUUGUUAGUCAGUACAAGUCGGAUGGCUUCAUGGACAUGCUGCAUGACAAAUGGUACAAGGUGGUGCCAUGUGGGAAGCGCAGCUUUGCUGUGACUGAGACCUUACAGAUGGGUAUUAAGCAUUUCUCCGGGCUCUUUGUGAUGCUGUGUGUGGGUGUGGCCUUAUCUCUGCUGACCACCAUUGCAGAACACAUCGUGUACAAGCUGGUGAUCCCGAGGGUCAAAGAGCCUCGCUUCAAAUAUUGGCUGCACACCAGCCAGAGAUUACACCGAGCCCUGAACUCUGUCUUUACCGAUGACAAGCUGCAGACUGUCACCAAGCCCGAGAAGAGGUGCAAUGAAGGAAACAACCAGUCGACAUCCUGGAAUCCCGCAGAGUCCUCUCUGUGUACCAGACGUAGGGUUCUUCCAAACGAGGCGCACAAUGACUUGGAGCGCCCGUCCCGGGAUCUUCCUCUACCACCACAAGCUUCUGCUCAUUCUCUUCACCAUUCUCUCCCUCUACUGGAUAAACACCUUCCAAUCAUGACCACCCCUAACGGUCGCUCCAACCUAUUAGGCCGCUUGUAUCCUCAAGGACUGGGGCAAGGGCAGGGGAGCGCCACACCGGGCAUGACCCCAGGACAGUGUCUGGGUUUGGGUGUGGGGGACUGUGACCCCGGGCUCGGUGUGGGUCGGAGUCCACUGGUGCAAGAGCUGUCAGAACUGGAAAGUCAAAUCUCUGUGAUCAAACAGCAGCUGCAGUCAGCCAUGAUGAGGAAGAGAGAGCUUGAAAAGUACCAGUCAGAAAACCCACUAGCAAACCAGACUGCACCUAGUCAAGCUACUGUGCACCAGUCUAACCAGUUUUCACAGGAUGCACAAUCCCACCAACAGACUAACCAACACCAAAACUCCAAAAUGUUUUAG